UACAAAAUAUGAUGUAAAAGGAAUUCAGCAUUUCACAAUCAUUGAAUCAACGGCUACGGAAACGCAUUAAUCUGUUCACUUUUUAAAAGGCUGUAAUGCGUUUCAGAGGCGUAAAUUACAAAGCCCUAUUUGUUACACUGUGGAAAAUGAAAUACACAGUCUUCUCGGGGAGGUAAAAAGAGAGCUGUGGACACGGACAGAGGGGGUGGAGUCCUUCUCAGCAGUGGGAGGAGAAGGAGGAGAACGUAUUAGCCUAAGGAGCAGAGAGACGCUCAGUGCAACUCGCAACUCCUGUAUUCCAGAGACCCAGUUAUAGGAUCUUACUGCCUGUACACAUCAUGACUGUUGGGCUCUCCAGCUGAGUUGCACGCCAGCUUUUUGUGUAUGAUCACAACUGGACAGGCGGACAGGAGCUGAACAGGCGAGUUGGACAGAGAUCGUGAAGGGGAUCAUAAAGGCUUUCGUGUUGCUGGUAUCUUUGCUGGCUGAUCUACCAGACCUGCAUUUGGGAUAAAGAGCUCCCCUCAGCUGCACUGUGGCUGACCGCUGACCCUCGAUCCACAGCUCACACCCUUCUGGGCCACUGCUGUGCUAAUAGAGGUGGUCCGGCCGGGCCCGAUGUGGAAUUUGACCUCAACUGACCCUGUCCCACAAGUAGCCUUACACUGAGCUGGGACUGGGAAAAAGGAAGGAUAAAAGAGCAAGAGGGGUGACUGAGAAAAAAGGAAGAAGAAAGGGAGAGAAGUGAGAGCAGCAGCACAGCGACCGCUCCUCCAGUAUGCCGGUGGAGACACUGCGCCCGGCAGACGGCCGUCUGGCCGGAGUUCCAUUCACCUCUGCCAUGCCCUUCAGGAUACUUAACAAGGGUCCAGAUUACUUCCGCCGCCAGGCUGAGCCGGGGGCCCGUAAACUGAGCGCGGUAGAGCGUCUGGAGGCUGACAAGGCCAAGUACGUUAAGAGCCAGCAGGUGGCCCUCACCCGUCAGGCCCCUAUCAAACCACCGAUCAUCCGCAAGCCCCUUGUUCCUCCAGGGAUGAUGCUCCAGUCCAAGAUUAGCACUCCUCCAGCCCGCAAAGUUCCCCGCUGCCCAGCCGACGUGGAGAAUGGAGGAGGGCGAGAGGGACCAGGAGGGAAAAGAGGACCUGCUCUUAACUUGGAUAUUCUGAAUAAUCUAAUCAAUGAUGUAUGUGAUGGACCAUUGCCCUGUUCCCAGUCGUCUUCCUCCACCUCCCCCUCCUCAUCAUCUCCUUCAUCGGGAGCCAAGAGCAUUGGCAGUAGCCUGUCAGCAGAACAGGAGAGGAACAACCGACUCCUCAACAACCUCAAACCUUUGAAUCACGGCACCGCCAACUCUUCAUCCACCUCUUCCUGCACAUCCUCUCCGCUUAAUAACAAACUCCGGACCCCCGCAGCAGAACUCACCCGACGUCCACCCCCUAUCCCGGCACGAGCACCACGCAUUGGGGUUCCAGUACCCUACAGUUCCCCUAACUCAGUGAUGGUGCGCAGGGUGGACGUUCGGCCUCAGGCUGAGAUAAGGAAGCCCCAGAGGGCCCAGCUGCAGCCUCGGCUCAGGCCCAGACAGACUCCCCAGGGCCAGGUUGCACACCCCCAGGUUCCACCUCCACCACCGCCUCCAGCCCCUCAUAACCAACCCCAACCUCACCCUCAGCUCAACACACCCUCCCAAACUCUGCCCUCCCCUCCAGCCUACCUGCCACCCAGUCCCAUGCUCGUCCGAGCGGGCAUGAUUCCGCCAGGCUCCCCUGCUUUCACCCGUAUUUCAAACGCCAGCUCCAAGGGGUCUGCCCGUAAGCACCCAUCCUUGCACCGCUCCAAAUCGGACCUGAGCGACCGCUACUCCCGUGCAACAGCCGACCUGGAGCGAUUCUUCAACUACUGUGGGCUGGACCCGGAGGAGGUGGAGGGGAUGGGCGGAGUGGAGCGCUUCACAAGAGCCAACUCAGACAUUGUGUCCGUCUCCAAGCUCCGCAGCGUCAGCACGCCCAGCUCGGAGUGCGGAGACGAGGCCGACCGGGCAAGGGAGGACGAACGAGAUGAGGAUGACGAGGAUGGGCCCGACAGAGCCAAUGAGCGGGUCCCCUACGGCAUCUCUGUGAUUGAGAGGAACGCUCGAGUCAUCAAGUGGCUAUAUGGCAUCCGUCAGGCGCGAGAUGCUAACAACGCUGUCUCUAACGUAUAGACUAACGAGGACUUGAAAGGACUUGAUAGAAAAAACGGGGAAGCAGUACUUUUUGUAUGUAUAGACACUUCUGAAGAAGUGAAAGCCCGUAUGUUCGUCUUCUGCUGCCUUACAUCAAAUUUAUGGAUAAUCCAGUAGUUGUUUUCUGUUUCCUGUGAAGACUGACUUUUGUUUUGGAAAUUUUUAUCUGGGCUGCAAGUCAGGACUGCCUCCCUGCAAGACUAGAUGGACGAUUCAUUUCCCUUUUCUCUCACUUGAUCUUGUAAAACAAUAUUGGUAUACAAAAGCAAUAAUAGUCUGGUAUAAAUGAUGAUGGUGAGGAUGAAGCCAGAUGAUGUUUGCAAUUGUGGUUCCUCAAGUAAAGGUACUUAAUGUAAGUUUGCGUGCGUGCGUGUGUGUCUGUAUGCAUGUAUCGCAGAGAGUUUGGCAGCACAAAGCCAAACUGGAAAAAGGCUACCCACUGCUAGAGAGCUGCAGUGUGGUGAACAAGUCAGGAAGAGAACCACGUUGAUACUGUGAAACUUCACAAAAAAAAGCUUCCAUAAACACAUUUGUAUUUUCAAAAAACUUUUUGGCUGUCAGACUGUUAUUAUACAAAUUUUUGUCAGCAUGUGAGUGAAACGUUUGUAUACAUUUACUUUAGGGUAUGUCAUCUCAACGAAACACACAUAUUACUCCCCCACAGGUAAUCACUUCACGGCACAGAUGUACAUUCAGGUCAGUUACAGUAAAUAUGGUAGCAACUGCAGUUCGUGGUGUCUGUAUAUCUGACUGUAACAUUGUCUAGACGCGUGUUUGCAUCUGAAACAUGGUUUCACGUCUUGGAUUACGCUGCACUGGUGCAGUGAGAGAAAUCAGUUUACUAUGUAUGUCUUGGCAUGGAUGAGGGAGCAAGUCAUAUGAUAAGGGAUGAUCUCAUAAGUGGAUGGUUGAAGUAAGUGUAGCAUGAAAAGUUAUUUUAACUCUAGUGAGAUGGAGAGAAAAUUAAAGGAUGAGUAAAAGGAAGACUGAAAAGAGUAUACUCCUGGAUAAAAAAGAAAUCUAUGGUGUAUAAAUAUGUCUGUGGUUAUGAAAGUGUCUCAGGAAGAUGUACUUGGCAUACUAUAAAAAAUGGACCAAUAUUUAUUUGGAAAAAUGUAAUUUAAUGUAUUUUUAAUACUGGACGACUGUGUACAGAAUUCAAUCCUUUUGCUCUUAAGUGCAAUCUGAUCACAUCUACUACAACUACAGUAUAAGUAGGAUCACAUUUAAACACAUGCAAAUACAGGCACCAGUCACAAGUGUGAAUGUUGUAAACAGGGGAAUGCUACGUGUAACAUGUGUCCUGCUGCUCUGCGGGAAGCACUACAGAAAGUGAGACUGUUGUGUAUUUAUUUGACUUCCUGUUUGUCGCAGUUUGAGCAAGAGAGGAUGUCUGUGUCCCCUGGACGAGCUCUCCACCCUCUGCGUUGAGCUCCUUUUAACUUUUCAGGAUAUUCAGUUUGACUACCAGCCGGGUUUUCGUCUCUGGACCUGUACCUAACGCAGGUAGAUGAAGAGCAACGUACAGCGGCACUCAGAGUGGCUGGAGAACGCGACAGUGGUGACGGGGAACAAAGCGUGCUGUUGAAUCUGGCACUGGAUGCCCAAAGAGUCUACAAGUGAGGAUCCAAAAUGCAUUACCAUGGUGUAUUCUUAACAGUUA